AUGUUAGUUAAUUAAAGAAAGUGCAUGUUUUGUGAAAAACUAAGAAAUGAUGGGUCUUUUCAUUUAAUACUCAAGAGAGCCUUGUAUUGUAAAUACUCUUAAUCACAAAACUUCUUUUAUGAGAAAGACAUUAAUGACAUUAUUGAAGAUCGAUCUGUGAAAUGCACCAUUCAUUAUAAAGAUCAUUUGCACUUCAAUGAUCAAAAUGAGUACAUGCGGAGGUACCCUCAACCAACUGAUCUAGAUAUUACCGUUUUUUCGAAAGUGAUGAUCGAUUGCCAGCCCUACUUGAAUACUAUAAAUAUCACAUCAAUAUACCAAGAAAUUUCAGUUCAAAAACAAUCAACAAGAGAAUGGAAAGAAAUAGAGAAUAUUAGUAUUUGAAAAUUAAGUAAGAAUUGGGUCUCUGUUAAAAUCCUAAAAAUAUAAAAUAGGAUUCUCCUCGUAAAGUUAAAGAUACCUCUGAAGAUCAAUCAGUCAGUUAAAUGAAGAACUUAUUAAAAGAUUUAAAAAUUGAAUCCACUUAAACAGAUAUAUCUAGUAAUUCCACUAUUUUAAAAGAUCUUGUUAAAAUGAUUGGAAAUAAUGCAUAAAAACCUUAACCCUUUCAAAUUCUUAAUUAUAAUAAAUUCAUACAAAAAUAAAUCAAUCCUGUCAUUGAAGCUUAAAAACUUCAGUGUAAAUAACUUGAAACUAAUUUAUUAAAACCUAAAGAAAAUAAAACAAAACUUAUUAAAUCACCACCAUUAACAGAACGUAAUCUAAGAUCUCCAUAAUUAUCUAGAUAAUCAUCAAAUACAAAAAUAAAAAAUGAAACAUAAAAAUAACAAUAUUAAUAAACAUAAAUAACAACAACAAUAAAAAGACCUCCAUAAUUAAAAUCUAGAUAAGCAUCUUUAGGUAAUAUUGAAUUAACUAAAUCUUGUUAAACUACUGCUAGAAAUAAUCCAUAAUAAAAUGAAUUAUUAUUUGAAUUAGCCAAGAAAGUAUUCUCUACUAAAAUUGCAAUUAAUAACAAUUUAUUAACCAAAAAGAAACCAAUAUCACAAUAAACUAAUAAUUUUUUUGUUAAAGGUAGAAGUACUUUAUAAUUCAAUCUUAAAAAUAUGGAAGAGAUAAAAAGUUCGAUUUAAAGUUUAAAUGUUCGACACAAAACACCAAACUAAUUAAUCAAAUCAUAAUAAGGAACUCCAAAUUAUAAAAAGAAAUAAUUAUGA